GUCAUUACUCUAUGGCCACCUUCGCGGGCAUUUGUGACCUCUUUCCUUACUGCUCUAAUCAACAGACUUUUCAUAACAUUGCAAAAUUAUAUUGUUUUCCCGUCUUUCUGCGGAUAGGUUGUUUCAUGGAAAAAUUUUCAUUCAGAGGUUACUCAAGGAAAUCACUUUGCAUCGCGUUCAAAUAAGCCAGGACGGUUCGCCAGCAGGCUAGCCGACUGCUACUCUUCGGGAGUUCGCCAGGGCGACAGACAGCGCUAGUGUCGCAGGCAAGCAAUGGCGGCCGGCGGCAGCGCCGGGGUGUCCGCGGACGACGCGAAGCUGGUCCAAGGUCACUGGACGGAGGUCAAAAAGAACCUCACCGGGAUCGGCGUCGACAUAUUCAUGGCGAUGUUCCAGCAACAUCCGGAAUACCAGAAGCUGUUCCCCAAAUUCUCCAAUGUGCCGCUGUCGGAGCUGAGGGGGAAUUCGAAUCUGGUUAAGCACGCUACCAUGGUGAUGGAAGCGCUGACCACCGUGGUGGGAGACCUGUCGAAACCUGCCGAGAACCUGGAGAAACUGCGGCAGCUUGGCCGCAAGCACGCCAAGUUCCACCUCACUGAGGCCCACUUCCAGACUAUCCGGAAAGCCAUACUGGACGUUCUGAAGCAGAAGCUGGGGAGCAAAAUGGACGGCGCAGCUGAGAAAUCUUGGAACAAGGUCUUGGACUUCGUCUUCUCCGGCAUGAUGGCCGGGGUGCAAGAAGGUCUUAAGCAGACUAAGUGACUGCGCGCGUGGGGAGUCUUAAAGAAGAAGAUCACGAAUAACACAACAACAAAAAAAGACCAUUCUGUAUAUACGAUCGUUAGUUUUCUAAAAAGUAGACUAAGCCACGUACGAAAUUUCUGGGUUUAGCUCUUGUAAUUCAAAAUCAUGUAAUGUAUUUAUUAUAGGUUGAUACAACACAACACAAUCACUUAGCAUGUGAGAUGUAAAACGGCAAAUGAUUUUUUUUUUAAUUUUUCUAUUACAUCAAGUUAUUAAUAAAGCUAAUAGGAAUCUCGUAUUAAUUUUUUUCGUAAAACGUUAACAAAUGUUCAAAAAUUAUUAUUAUUUAAAUGUUUGCAGUUAUUCAUUGCUUUGUAAUAAAAAAGUCAAUGGUCUGCAGUU